UCGUUUCGGACUCUGCUCCAUCUCAUAAAGUGCUACACAAGUGGUUUACUGAAUUUAAAUGUGGUCGUAUGAGCACCGAAGACGCAGCUCGCUCAGGUCGUCCAAAUGAGGUGACUACUCCAGAAAUGAUCGACAAAAUACACGAUCUGGUGUUAAAUCAUCCGAAAAUGAAAGUUCGUGAGAUAGUUGAGACUGUAAACGUCUCAUAUGAACGGGUGCUUAACAUAUUGCAUGAACAUUUGCAUAUGAAUAAGCUAUGCGCAAGAUGGGUGCCGCGUUUGUUAACCAUUCAACAAAAACGGAUUCGUGUAACCACUUCUGAAGCCAAUUUGGCCCAUUUUAAGCGCAACCCGAGUGAGUUUUUGCGUCGAUUAGUGACAAUGGAUGAAACCUGGAUCCACCACUACACUCCAGAGUCCAGUCAACAGGCUAAAGAGUGGACGAAACUCGGUUCACCGCCGGCAAAGCGGCCAAAGACGCAACAAUGGGCUGGGAAGGUUAUGGCCAGUGUGUUUUGGGAUGCACACGGUAUAAUCUUCAUCGACUACCUGGAAAAGGGAAGGACGAUUACUGGCGCAUAUUAUGCUGCAUUGUUGGAUUGAUUGGUGGUCGAAAUCGCAUCGAAAUGGCCCCAUAUGAAGAAGAAAAAAAUCCUCUUUUUGGACGAUAAUGCACCGUCGCACACAUCGAUGAUUGCAAUGGCAAAAAAGAACGAAUUGGGCUUCGAAUUGGUUCAACAUCCAACAUAUUCGCCAGAUCUAGCCCCCAGCGAUUACUACCUCUUCCCAAACCUCAAAAGAUGGCUAUGUGGAAGACGUUUUUACAACAAUGAGGAGGUCGAGUUCGAAACAGAUAGCUAUUUUGGGACUUUGGAAAAAUCGUACUAUUUGGGUGGUAUCCAAAAGUUGGAAAA